AUGACGAACCGCACAAUUUCCAUCCGAUCUCGCCGCGAUCGCGAACCACCCCGCCACCGCUUCAGCAUCGCAACGUUCCGCGGCAUCCAACAGCCCGAGCUAAGCAAGCGUCUAUCCAGACUAAUCAAAUCCGAGAAUAGCGCAAUCGGCGCCCACGAAGCUGCCGGUCGCGAGCGCGGAUCCAUCGCCGCUCAGCUUUCGGAAUGGGGCGAGUCUACCGAGGAUGAUGCCGUCUCCGAUAUCUCGGAUAAGCUGGGCGUUAUCCUUGCAGAGAUGGGUGAGCAGGAGGAUGUCUUUGCGCAGAAUCUUGAGGAUUACCGAGGUGUUCUGAAGCAUAUUCGCAAUAUGGAGGCUUCUGUGCAGCCAAGUCGGGAUCAGAGACAGAAGGUUACCGAUGAGAUUGCCAAGCUCAAGUACAAGGAUCCAUCUAGUCCGAAAAUCGUGACGCUGGAGCAUGAGCUCGUCAGGGCUGAGGCACAGAGCUUGGUUGCUGAAGCGCAGUUGUCGAAUACGACUCGAACAAAGCUCAAGGAAGCCUUUGACAUCCACACUGCUGCUGUCAUCGAGCGUGCCGAGAAACAGAUUAUUCUCGCUCGUCAUGCACGUCGCCUGCUCAACUUCAUCGACGACUCCGCCGUUGUUCCGGGUGAUUCUCGCCAGGCCUAUGACCAUGAGUUCGAGGCUCGCGCAGUCCUCGAAGAUGCAGAGGCUGAUCUUCGUGCGUGGCACUCUACCGUUGAGCCCAUUACUUCUUCUGCAACCCAGGUGAAUGGAAACGUAACCCACGUGGCUGAUGACAAUGAGUCGGAAUUGACCAACGGCGUUGAUAUGACUGGACCCCCUGAUGAUGUCUCGUCUUCCAAGGAGCUGGAGGAGCCUGCUGUGUUGGCCUCUUAA